CGUUAAGAAAAACUCGACAGCACAUCCGCGUCUCUUCACGACACAUAUUCUACAUUUACGGCCGUGUUUUUAUCAGCCGCAAAGCGAAAGGCUUGGAGUCGGAGGAAGGUUAAAGCGAAUCCCACAAAAAACCGCCGCCAUGCCCUUUGUGGACGUCCAGUCGCGGCUCGGUAUCAACGUGGAUGGCUGGCUGCUGCAGCAGAGCGGACAGCAGCCCAACCACAGGGCGCCCCGCUGCCAUGCCUUCGAGAAGGAGUGGAUCGAGUGCAGCCACGGUAUUGGGCAGACCCGCGCCAAGAAGGAGUGCCAGCUGGAGUUCGAGGACUUCUACGAGUGCAUGCACAAGCAGAAGACACACCAGAGGCUGUAUGCCAUCCGUCAGCAGCGGGACAAGAUGGUGAAGGAGGGGACCUACACACCUCCAAGCUGCCAUUCAGGCAAGCCUGACCAUGGGCCCUGAGGGGACGGAGUUCUGCUCUUGUUCAUAGUAAAGCAGAUGUCGCUGUUUCCUGUCCGCCUGUACAUGUUUGCAAAUAAAUCGUUAUCAUUAAAUA